CUUUUGUUACACAUUUUCUUGACAUUUUUCAAUUAGAAUUUUUUUGUGUGUCUAAUUAGGAAAAAAAUUGCAGUUGGUGAAAAAUAAAUACGAAGACAUUUUAACCCUUUUGCCACGUUAUUUAUUAAAUUUAAUUAAUAAAACUCGUAGUUUUAGUCAGAGACCAACAUAAAGCGAAAAUGAAAAUCUAUACAAACGAGGGCAAUCCCCUUGGCCUGAAAUUACAAAUCCUGGCCAAAUUUGCAAAACGUGAGGUGUCGGUGGAAAAAGUUAACCUAAAUGAUAUUAAAUCUAAAGACUUAUUGGUUUUACCAACUUUAGAAUUGGAUAAUGGUCUAAGACUAUUUUCGACAGAUGCGGUGGCUAAAUAUUUCUUUCCCAAUGAGGGACAAUUAAGGGAUGAGUGGCUUGAAUGGUCUUCUACUUCAUUGGCUCCUGCGUUAGUGCAUCAUAUGGGUCAUGGUCAUCGUGCUAAUCCGAAUGCUCUUCCUGUACUUAAUGCUUUGGUUAAGAAGCUGGAAGAUAAUUUAUCAAAAACACCAUUUUUAGCUGGUGAUAAAUUGACAGCAGCUGAUCUUUCAGUUUGGUCUUUGCUGGCUCCCGAUGGUACAUUAAAAGGCGCUCAGCAAAUUGAACAUCUUCUCGUGUGGUAUCGUAAAAUUAGCGCCAUGCCUGAAAUUAAAUCAGUGUUAGAAAAACAACCUUUAAAAGAUUUAACUUUUAAUGCUUUACAAAACUCUAAUCUUUACGGAGGUCUCUAUCAUGUUCCUCUCAAAAUGCCUGCAUCAUUAUCUGAAGCUGGCAAUCUAUUGGCUGAUACUGGUUCUACUUUGGCUGAUACCAUUACUGAGGAAGAACUCAAUUUGGCCAGCACUCACUUUGUAUAUGCCCCCGCGGCAGAGCGUAAGGAACCACGUACAGUUCUUCCUAAAGCUGGUGAGCGUAAUGUGCUGGUCACCUCUGCUCUCCCCUAUGUCAAUAAUGUACCACAUUUGGGCAACAUUAUUGGUUGUGUAUUAUCCGCUGAUAUUUUUGCAAGAUACUCACGUGCAGCUGGCUACAACACUCUCUAUAUAUCAGGUACUGAUGAGUAUGGUACAGCUACCGAAAAUAAAGCACUUGCUGAAAAUCUCACACCUCGUGAAAUUUGUGACAAAUACUUUGAACUACACAAUGCGAUCUAUCGUUGGUUUGGCAUUGGUUUUGAUUACUUCGGUCGUACCACAACUCAAGAACAAACAGAAAUUGUACAAGAAGCCUUUAAAGAUGUCUACGAUAAUGGUUAUAUCUUAACUGAAAGUGUAGAACAAUUAUUGUGUCAGAAGUGUGAUCGUUUCUUGGCCGAUCGUUUUGUUGAGGGUACUUGCCCACAUCCUGGCUGUGGCUACGAGGAUGCUCGUGGUGAUCAAUGUGACAAGUGUGGCAAGCUAGUUAAUGCUACCGAACUUAUACGUCCCCGCUGUAAAGUGUGCAACACAGCACCAGUUGUCAGAUCCUCCGACCAAUUGUUCCUUGACUUACCGAAAAUCGAAAACAAACUUCGUGAAUGGGUUGAUCAUUCUGAAAAUGGUUGGACGAAUAAUGCUCGUGUUAUAACACGUGCUUGGCUACGUGAGGGCUUGAAGCCUCGUUGUAUCACACGUGAUCUGAAAUGGGGUAUUCCAGUACCUCACAAAGUUGAAAAUAAAGUAUUUUAUGUCUGGUUCGAUGCACCAUUCGGCUAUGUUUCUAUGACCAAACGUUACUCCAAGGAAUUCAAACAAUGGUGGCAACCCGAAAAGGGUGUGGAAGUUGAACUCUUCCAAUUUAUGGCUAAAGAUAAUGUACCCUUCCAUUCGGUUGUUUGGCCUAGUGCUUUGUUGGCUAUUAACAAGGGCAACACUUUGGCAUCUCACAUUAUGGCAACUGAGUAUUUAAAUUAUGAGGACGGCAAAUUCAGUAAAAGUCGUGGUAUUGGUGUUGGCAAUGAUGCUCAGGACACUGGUAUUCCCGCUGAUGUUUGGCGUUUCUAUUUGGCUUCAGCCCGUCCAGAAGGUCAGGACUCUAGCUUCAGUUGGAAUGAUUUGGCAGCCCGCAAUAAUUCUGAGUUACUUAACAAUUUGGGCAACUUUGUAAAUCGUGCCUUAUCCUUCUGUGAAAAGAACUUUAAUGGUGUAGUACCCGCCAUGAAUCUCACCAAUGACGAGCGUUUGCUGGCUCUAAUUAAUCGUGAGUUUACGCGGUUAUGUCAACUCUUGGAGAAGGCUCUACGUGAUGGCAUCAGACAUAUGCUUUCGAUCUCUCGCCAUGGCAACGGUUACAUGCAAUCACAACAGCCCUGGGUUUUACUUAAGGGCAACGAUGAACAAAAGUCUAGAGCUGCUACAAUUAUUGGUAUGUGCUGUAAUAUUGCUUGCCUUUGCCAUCUUAUCUUCCCCUACAUGCCAACAACGGCUAGAACUAUGUUCGAACAAUUGAAUGCUAAGCAGACACAGUUGAAUGUUGAAAACCAUUUACCUCAAUUUUGUUACCAUCCCGGCCACAAGAUCGGCAAAACCAGCACCAUUGUUCGCUAA